UUCACUCUCGCCGGUGUGACAGCACCGGGGUACCGGUCACAGGCUGGCAGUGGUGCCGCGCCUGUGCUCGCCGCCGCCGGCUGCACUGCCCAGCUCCGCGACCGAUCGACACCCUGUGUCAAUACUAUGGUCCGCUGCGCAUGAGCUCGCUCACUCGUUGCUCUGCUGAAUAUCGAGAUCGUGUUGUGAAAAAGCGCACAGAUAUUUUUAGAUUAGGUAUUGGUUCGGUCGUGUGUUGUUACAUGAAAUUAUGUGUGGUGUAAAGCAAUCAUAUAUUAUUAUUGUUUUUGAACUGUAAUGCAGUGUUCAUUGAAAGACAGGACAAGUGAAAUCUGCAAUUCUUGUGUUCAAAAUCAGUCUUUAGUUUUAUAGAGAAAGUGUAUAAAAAAGUCGGAUGUCAACUUGCCCCCAGCAGUGUUUAUGGAUUGAUUUUGUUUUUCUCACAUGGAUGUUCGUGAUAAUGCUAGUGAUAAAUAAUUACAUGAAAUUGAAUCGUGACUCGUGAGGUACUUUGACAAAAUUAUUUUACUUUUGAAUCGUUAUGGUUUUAUUGCGUUCGAAUUUGUUGUGCCAAGGUUGUCAGUGGCUGCUGGACAUCAGUCAGUGUAAAAUAAACGCGCGUGAUACACAUAUUAUGACGGCCGUCGCCAUCUACACCAACGACGGGCACAUACUGUAAAUAAAUAAUGAUCUAAUUGUAUCUUCCAACGUCUUUGCUAUUUCUGUGUCUGACCGUAGCCUGAUACAGAUGUUAUCAUUAUAAUAAAGUAAAACCAUGUAAAACACCAAUAUUUUCACUAAACAGUGAAACUUUACAGAGGUACAUUGCCUACUUUCUUGGAUUUCUAGAGGGCCCUGCUUUUCACUGCGGCACUAGCAUCCGCUUCGUUGCGAUCACCGGUUACUAUGGAAAUAUCCGCAAUGUGUGACCCCAACUAGAAACGAAUAAGUCGUCGAUGUUAUUAGAAAUUUCACUCGGAAAGUGUUUAACGCAAAAAGAACAACGAAAAGUAGUAACCAUAAAAGGUAGAAAAAGAAAAUGCCGCAUUACGACGAAAGCUUCAUCUACGAUGAUAACCUUAAUCAGAGAAGAAAUAAAAGAAGCUAUCACGUUUAUAAGAACGGGUUAAGUCCCUUGAGCUUGAUAGAGUCCAGUGAUAUGCUUCAAGCCCUUGAAGGAAGGGGCUCAUCUGUUAUUAAACAAAAUAUUAGAAAUAUUAAGUACCGAGGAAAUCGAUAUAAAACAGCGGCACAGAAUGGAUCGCAAGGUGCCAGUCCAAUGAAAUAUAAGACUCCCGAUAUUAUAGUAGAUCACAGUCCUAGAAUGACUGUAUUUGAUCCUAGUAAAUAUUAUGAUUUAAGAAAUAAUAAUGUUUAUACCCUUACACCUUGUAAAAGUUUUGAUAAUCUGACACUGAAACCGGCGAAAAAAGAUUAUCAUUAUAAAAAUAGAAUAAGAUAUGGGAGUAGUCUCCAAAACUUGGUGGACGAUGGGCAGUUGAAGCACUUUUCUUCGUCGACGGGCGAUCGUGAUACAUCAGUGUCACGAAGAGAAGAUGCCAGGAAAUCUUAUUCAAUAAUUGAUGCCGAAAGUCGACCAGCACAUCAGCGAAAUUGUCGACACACGCCCGCACCAGGGCCUGGAGUCUACCGCCAAAUAAACAACGAUGGAUUUAAUGAGAACGAAUCUGGCAGCGAGGGGAGCUCGGGACACCGCGGGUCGUUGCGCGGCGCCAACAAGUUGGCGAGGCGCGCACGCUCAUUCAAGGACGACCUGCUCGAGCGCAUCUCAAACAUGCGCUCACCGGCGCAACAGCAUCACCGGCCGCAUCUCUCAUCCAAUAUCAGCAGAUCGCACUCUCCGCUUAGCCCAAAAAUUAGGAAUAUGGCAAACAAAAUGAAUACAGCUGAGGAUGGGGAAGUCACACCAGCCAAAGAACUCGAACGGCUAGUCAAAGAGGUUACGUUCGGCUUAAAACACUUUUCGGAUGUUAUCACAAAGGGGAAACUGGAAAUGCUCCCUGACAAUGGCACUAUUGUUUUUGAAUCAAUUGCAAAUAUACAUAAAGCAAUAAAACCGUACUGCAGUCGAUCACCGCAACUAACAAGCGCCGUAAAGCGUCUGUGCGCUGCAUUAGCCACGCUCAUACGCCUGUGCGACGAGAUCACUGCGCUCAGCCUGCGAGCUGACGCCAGCAACGAGGAGCUAGACACAUCGGCCGAAGCAUUGUCACCGGAAUAUGUGAGCUCCGUAGUGAAAGGGGUGACUGGCGCCGUGGAAGAAGUGUCGGCGCUGGCUCAGCAACACAUGACUCGGCCCGCGCUUUCCCCGCGCCCCGCUCUCGUCUCCCCGCGGUCUUCAACACAAAGGAAUUCCUUGCCAGACAUCCCGCUGACGCCGAAGGAGCGGUCACUGCUGACGGGCGAGGGCGGCGCGGAGGGCGGCGUGCGGGCCUCGCACUCCUCCGAGUCCGUGCUGGACGCGCCCGACUCGCCGCCGCCCAAGCCUGCGCGGCCCAACCGGAAAAUCGAGUUGGCCCCACCUCUGCCGCCUAAGCGCAAGUCGGCGAACGACAACUCCCUACUGGCUCUCUCUAUUGAUAGACUGUCCCUGCAAUCUCACAGCAGCGGCUCUUUGGACUCCAUGCUCAACGUGUCUAACGACGAAGAGCGUAACGCGCACGACUCCACCAAUCACGACCACGUGUUUGCCACACCGCCUAGCUCGGAGCUAGUCGGUAUGUGCAGCUGCAACAACGCCACGGAGCUGCGCGCGUCGCUGGAGUCGCACGAGUCGCACAUGAACUCCACUCACGCGCACGUGCAUUCCAACCACAAUCGUUUCUCCAAUGAGUCUGGAUUCGUGUCAGUGGGUCACGCGGAAAUGUCUGCGGAACACAGCUUCCACUCUUCGUUCUCAUCACAUCACUACACGAGCCAUACGGACAGUAUUUUUAACAGUACAGACUGUGUGACCGAAUUGAAGUGCACACUACAAAGCUUUGAGAGCCGCAUGAAUGUAACCAAUAUGAACAGUAUAACCACGCACCAAUCUUCAAAGCUGGCGAGCAUCACGUCAGACGAGAGCGAGACGCCGCCCGAGCUGCCCGUCAAGACGCGCCGCAACAUCCGCGUCGACGUACAGCAACACUUCCCCACUGUUGAAAUCAGGCCGUCCCCGGUGUGCUCGCUGCACGGCGAGGCGCGGCCGCACACGCUGGCCGUGCAUCAGCCGCCGCGACCGCCGCCGCUGCCGCUCAAGAAAAAACACAUGUUCCAAAGCGUCGCGUACAGCGUAAUGGCGUACAUGGAGAUGUUUGGGAACUGCAGUCAUCCGCCGAACAACGCCGCGGCCCCGCCGGAUAUGUUCCGUCACUCUAUACACACAUAUAAUAUGGCUAGCGCCAAACAAAUUACCGAUGGCUCCAUAAGUUUGCAGCGGCAACAAGUUCAGCGCUCCAUAGCGCAAUCCUUCACUGUCCAGCAUUUUGGAAACCCACCAAUGAGCAGUGGCUCUGAAGACAGUGUUAACAUUACUUCGAGUGGUACUAGUCCCAUCCCAUUGGAGCCGCCGCCAGCCCUGCCGCCUAAGAUGAAUAAGACUAAACAGCUCUCAGUUAACUCAAGCAACGAACUACUGCCUCCUCCGUCGCCGCGGCCAUCGUCGCAUAAUAGCUCCACUGAUGAAACAGUUUUGAAUAACAAUUCCGAUGAAUCAUUUACAAGCGCCACGGCGCCCGGAAAGUUUCCGCUUGAAGAUGAGCUUGAAAUGCUCGUGCAACAACAACCUACGCCGUCGCCCGUACCCUCACAGCGAAGUGAAGGCAGCACGGAGCCUCCCCCGGCUGCAGUGGAGGCUAACAGCGAGCCUCCGGCCGCGGACCCGGACGACAUCAUCCUGCAGACGGACGUGAGCGCGUGGCUGGUGCUGAAGGGGCCCAGCAAGGACGGGCCCGACGUGCGCGGCGGGCAGCCCGACGCGCUCAUCGUGCUCGCCACCAAAGCUACCAAAGAAACGGACGAGUACUUCACGUACCAGGAGGCGUUCCUGGCGACGUACCGCACGUGGGUGUCGCCCAGCGGGCUGGUGGCGCGGCUGGUGCGGCGCGCGCAGCACUUCCGCCCGCGCCCGCACGAGCUGCGCUCCACGCUGUGUCUGCUGACUCGCGUCGUCGCCGACCUCACGAUGUCGGACCUAGACUGCCCGCUGAUGCAGGAGAUAAUGGAGUUCAUUUACUGGCUCGUGGAUGCUGAAGAGUUGAUUAUCGCCAAGACUCUCAGACAGAUUCUAGUCGACAAACAAAAACAACUACACUUCCAGCAGACAAACAACAGAUACGAGUACGACAACCCUUGCUACGGCAGCGUGUCAACUCGUCGCGAUACUCUCCUGGACUUCAAGGCUACAGAGCUAGCAGAACAGAUGACGCUACUCGACGCCGCUUUGUUCGUACGUCUGACCACCGCCGAGGUGUUGCUGUGGCCGCGCGACCAAUCAGAGGAGAGCUCGCCCAAUCUCACGCGCUUCACUGAACACUUCAAUAAGAUGAGCUAUUGGGCACGCUCUAGGAUCCUGGAACAGGAGGAGGCCCGUGAACGCGAGAAAUACGCAAACAAAUUCCUGAAAGUGAUGAAGGCGUUACGCAAGAUCAACAACUUCAACUCGUACCUAGCACUAGUUUCUGCCUUGGACUCCCCGCCGGUGCGGCGGCUGGGCUGGCCGCGCUCCAUCGUGGACACGCUGCACGAGUACUGCACCAUUAUCGACUCGUCCUCCUCCUUCCGCAACUACCGCCAGGCGCUGGCCGAGACACAGUCGCCUUGCAUACCCUACAUUGGUCUAGUCCUACAAGAUCUGACUUUCGUUCACAUCGGAAACCCAGACCUUCUGCCAGAAGGUUGCAUUAAUUUUACCAAGAGGUGGCAGCAGUACCACAUCAUGGAAAAUAUGAAGAGAUUUUAUAAAGAGCAGUACAAGUUCAAGAAGAACGAGCGCAUCCUGGCAAUGUUCAACGAGUUCGACGACUUGCUGAGCGAGGAGGCGAUGUGGCAGGUGUCGGAGAGCAUCAAGCCGCGCGGCGGCCGCGCCCGCGCCCCGCCCGCGCACCCCCACCCGCCCGCGCAGGCCGCCGCCUGACCCCGCGCCGGUAAAAUUUGAAUCCAAAGAAUAUGAAGACGCAAUAGGAUAUUAAACGAGUCGCUUGAAUUGUAUGUCGAGGAGAUAUAUUAAUUUAAAGAAAUUGUGAUUAUCUGUCCUAAAAAGGCCUAAUUAAUAUUAGUGUAUUUAUUAAUUGUGCGAUUUUCUCGACUGUGAUUGUUCUGAGUGCGAGUGUGACGCGUGGACAGAUGCGACGAGGAUAGAGGUUUGCUUACGAUUUCAACGCUUUUCAUGUGCAACAAAUGAUAAUAAUCGAGUAAAUAUUAUUUCUAUCAGUAUUUAAAUCGAAUAACUGUCGUCUAUUACAUAUCAGCAUGUGACUUGCAUAGUGUACUUAUGAUGAAACGAGCGACGCCUUGGGUGUUUAGAGUAAAGUCCUUGAACCAUCUCGUUGUUGUAUUUGCCAUUGAUGUCAUUAUAUACAUUAUUGAGUAAGCCAGCUUCGGAAGUUAGCUUUCUAUACAUCGAAUUAGAGAAAACUUUUUGAAGUCUUAGGAAUGGUAGCAGAACUACUGUUUGAUUAUAGUGACUUAGUCGAUAUUAAGCAUUUCGAGUGCAUCAUUUUUUAAAGUCGAUUGUUUACCGUGUUUAAAUAACUUUAAUGCAUAAGUAACUACCUAUGGGAAAUGGGACAGUUCAUUUAAUUCCAGUGGAAGGUUCACGUGCACGUUUCAAUUAACGAACAUUUUGCAAGGGGCUUCCAUUGAAUUUUAUUAAAGUGAGAAGGAAUCAAACCCUAAUAUUUCCUGUCAUGAAGUUUUAAAUAGAGACUUAAUAUUUUUGUACACACAUGUAUUAAAAUAUACCCCCCUCACAGCACUGCAUUAUGACAUAAACAUAUCAUUUUUUAAUGUGCCAAACUUUGCAACCAACCGAAAUGUCCCAUUUCUAUGCCUAGUACAAGUAAAUUACAUUAUUAAGUACUUUACCGUAAACGUUGCGUAUCCGACAUUUGUAGAAAUGCUCUAAGUAAAUGGUACAAAUGGUAAAGAAAGACUCGCUUACAUCAAGUAAAAAAAACCUAUAAAGUAAUAAUAUUUCGCAACACGAUUAAGCUAUAACUGAAUUUGGAUGGAUAAUACUACUUAUAGGUUCUUUUAGAAGUGGAGCGCAUUGAAAUGCUAUAUAUUACAAGACAAACUUCAAUCAUAUUAUUAAUACUAAGUAGUCCAUACUUUACACCGGUUAAAAUGACCAGUCUCUUUAUAUUUUUGUGAGAAAAAUGACGCCCUUUAAUCGCGUCGAUGCCAUUUCAUUCUUGUUGAAGUAUUAAUGUUAAUGCAAUAUUUUUGUGCAUGCUCUUAAAGUAUUCGUAUGAAUUUGAUGCGUAUUUUAUUUUUGAUAUUCAAAAACUUUUUCCUAUAGGUUGCUACCUGCAAGGAAGCUAACGAAUAACAUACUUUUGAGAUGUAUACUUAUUUACAUUAUUCUUCAGUGGUUGCGUAAUUUUACUAUAAUGUAAGAUUUAGAUACAACGCUGCUAGCUCUGAAGCUGUAACGAGCGAUAUUGUAUGAAACUUUGGAAACAUAUUUUACUCACUCGAUAGUCUCAUGUUCACAGUAAUCGCAUUUUUAAAUAAUGGUAGGUCAAAUUUGAAUAGUGUAAUGUAAUCAACGUUUAAUUUGCCUUAAGACGAUCGAGUCUUCAGUGAAAUAGCAAUAAAAUUUAAUUGUUGUUAGAAUUGCUGCACGAUUUGUGAUACUAAUCAUGUAGCGUGCCGCUUACUACUCAGUCUUAUUGACGUCCUGUACGCGUAGGCAAUUGUAUUAGAAAAAUAUUAGUAGUAAGCGUAAUAAACCCCAAUAUGAUAGUGUUGCUGACGUGUGCACGUAAGUUAUGUAAACGAUUGUUGCCGAGCUGCCUCGUCUGCUGCGACUGUACGCGCAGUGUGUAAUCGUGCUGCAACCAAGUGUCAGUGUAACAAUAGUAAACAACAAACAAGCAAUACCAUUUUAAUACAGGCUUAAGAAUAAAAAUGUAUUUGCAUCUAUCAGGUAGUUCGUGUAUUCGGAAGGGACAUCAAAGUUCCAUGCAAUAAAUAACUAGACCAAUAUUUAGAAUGUUUUACAGUGCUUUACUGAAUUAUGUGCUGAUAUUGUAUUUUGUAUGUAAAAUAUUUUGAUUGAUAGUUAAGUUAUAGGGUAUGUUACCAUUCUUUAUCUGGUAUUAUUAUUUAUUUAGUGUAUUAUGAAAAUAUGGAGCGAUUAACGGAUAUAAUUAUUAUCUAAAGUAUAUUAAAGACUGCCUAAAUUAAUUAUUCACUGUAUUUGAUGUGUAAAUUAGAGAAAUAUUGAAAAAUGUCCCAUUAUUUCACCAACGGCUGUCAUAGACGAGUGUAGUUGCAUCGAAGUAGAUUACUUGAUACCACUUGAACUCAUGAAGCUAAGAACUUGAUAAUGAUCAUCUAAUUUAUCUAUAGUAAUUUGACUUUGAUGCAAUCACUAUGUGUGUGAUUUCUAAUCGCAAAGUAAUGUAGCCUUGGCUUAAUUUUACAAUACACAAUGAUAAUUUUGUCACAAUGUUCAUAUUUAUUACAAUAUUAACAUAUUCAUAAGAAGUAUAAAGAUCACAUUUUAGUGAACAGCGUACAUAUUUUUGUUGUAUUAGCAAGUUCAGUAUUACGUUAACGUAAAGAAAUGCCAUAAUCUUAUGAAUUGAAUUAAAUAUUAGUAUAUUUUUUUCUUUUUGGGACCGUCUUUUUAAGUUGUAUUCUUACUUUAAGUAAAGUUUUUUUUAAAUCAUAUAUUAUUAUACUUUAUUGUACAUUUUAUUAAGUUAGUUGGUUUAAAAAAGUUAUCAGAACCGCAGGUGUGUAUGUACAGUAAAUUUUUGUGUGUCAAGUUUUUUUUUGUAACUAUUUUGUAAAAUAAAUAUAGCACUUUAUUUACAACA